UGCUGGACCAGCUCCUGCCAGAGCUCAGUGUCUUGCUCAAGCUGCUGGACCAUGAGUACCUGAGUGCCACCACACAGGAGAAGAAACUGGCUGUCUCCACCAUCCUGCAGAAGCUGCAGCCACCCACAGGGAAGGACGUGGACUACAUGUACGUCAACACGACAUCACUGAGCAAUGGCACCAGCUUCGUGGAGUCUCUCUUUGAGGAAUUUGACUGUGACCUGCGGGAUCUCCAAGACAUGCAGGAGGAAGAGGAGGACACCAGUGAUGGCAUUGGCUUGGAGCCAGCGAGGAGCCAGACAGCAAAAACUGUUCCUGUGGACCUUGCUCCGCCGCUGCCCACCACUCCCCCCCCUGAGGAUUAUUAUGAGGAAGCCCUGCCCCUGGGCCCUGGCAAGGCCCCUGAGUACAUCACCUCCCGCAACAGCUCCAGCCCCCCCAACUCCAUCGAAGAUGGCUAUUACGAGGAUGCAGACAGCAACUACCCUGUCACCAGGAUGAACGGGGAGCAAAAGAACUCGUACAACGACUCGGAUGCAAUGAGUAGCUCUUAUGAGUCCUAUGACGAGGAGGAGGAGGAGGGCAAGGGCCAGCAGCUGACACAUCAGUGGCCAUCAGAGGAAGCCUCCAUGAACCUGGUGAAGGAUUGCAGGAUUUGUGCUUUCCUGUUGCGCAAGAAGCGUUUUGGACAAUGGGCCAAGCAGCUCACCAUCAUACGGGACAGCAAAUUGCUGUGCUACAAAAGCUCCAAGGACCGUCAGCCACAUGUGGAGGUGCCCCUGGGCACCUGUAACGUCAUCUAUGUCCCCAAAGAUGGGCGGCGCAAGAAGCACGAACUGCGGUUCUCGCUGCCGGGGGCAGAGGCGCUGGUGCUGGCUGUGCAGAGCAAGGAGCAGGCUGAGGNNNCUCUGCAGGUGAUAAAGGAAGCCAGCGGCCCAGCAGCGAGGGAAGCCCCCACUUCCCCAGUGAUGCCGUGCAAGAUGGACCUGGAUAAGGUGAUGGAUUAUAACUGCCCUGCUGAGGUGCUGCCUGAGGCUGCUGCAGCUGACAGUCCUCCUGUGGCACUAGGGGAUACUGGCUCCCCGGCAACCCGCAGAGAGCCUGGCGAGCACGCGAAAGGCAGAAAGAGUGGCUUGGCUGACCUGAAAGGUUCGAUGAGCCGGGCAGCGGGGAAGAAGAUCACCAGGAUCAUCAGCUUCUCCAAGAAGAAGCCUUCCCCCGAGGACACGCAGACCUCCUCCACCGAAGAGGACGUCCCCUGUUGCGGCUACCUCAGCGUCCUGGUUAACCAGUGCUGGAAGGAGCGCUGGUGUCGUCUGAAGGGCAAUACCCUCUACUUCCACAAGGACCGCACUGACCUGCGGACCCACGUGAACGCCAUCGUCCUCCGGGGCUGUGAGGUGGUCCCAGGUCUGGGCCCCAAACACCCCUUCGCCUUCCGCAUCCUUCGCAAUGGGCAGGAGGUGGCUGCGCUGGAGGCAAGCUGCUCCGAAGACCUGGGCCGCUGGCUGGGUCUCCUCUUGGUGGAGACGGGCUCGAAGACGGCACCGGAGGCCUUACACUACGACUACGUGGAUGUGGAGACAAUUGCCAAUAUAGUGACAGCUGUGAGGCACUCCUACCUGUGGGCCAGCUCCUCCCAGGACCACCAGCCAGACUCCUCACGUGUGGUGUAUGAUGACGUCCCCUACGAGAAGGUUCAGGUGAGCACCGAGGAGGAGCCAGGGCGGCCGUCAGGAGCCCAGGUGAAGCGCCAUGCCUCCUCCUGCAGUGAGAAGUCAAGGCGGGUGGACCCGCAGGUGAAAGUGAAGAGACACGCGUCAAAUGCCAACCAGUACAGGUACGGGAAGAACCGGGCUGAGGAGGAUGCCAGGCGAUUUCUGACGGAGAAGGAGAAGCUGGAGAAGGAAAAAGCAUCGAUCCGCAGCGAGCUGGUGUUGCUGCGGAAAGAAAAGCGAGAACUGCGGGAAGCCAUGAAGGGCAGCACGGGGACGAAGCUGCAGGACCUGGAGCAGCGGGUGGCGGAGCUGGAGGAGCAGUGCCGGCAGAAGGAGGAGCGCCGCGUCGACCUGGAGCUCAAGCUGACCGAAGUGAAGGAGCGGCUGAAGCAGUCGCUGGCAGGAGGGCCCGCCCUGGGGCUGGCUGUGACGACCAAGGCUGACACUGGGGUACGCAUCCCUUCUUGCUCUCACAGCUCCAUCCUCCCGCAGCAACGGUGCUUGGGGUGCCCUCCUGAGCACUUGGUCCCUGUCAACUCUGCAGCUGAACUGAGGAAGAGAAGUCCCUCCAUCCUCCCUGCCAACAAGGGAAAUGUGCUGCGGAAGGCCAAGGAAUGGGAAAAGAAGCAGACUUAA